CCCAGCUCACAUGUGACAAGUGUCUCUGGUUCUUAGGGUGAGGGACAACUUCAGAUGUCACCAUUUUGGUCAGCUGCAGCACUAAAGUGACCAAGCGAGAGGACCCACGGAGGCAAAGAUGGCGAAGGUUUGCACAUGUAGUGGCAGGAGCUUGGGGUAAUCUUGUUUCCAUAGGAAAGACCCCCUCCCUGAAAGGGACUCUCUCCAGUUGUUGAUGAUUCCAGUGAGAGCAGAAGUUAGGAUGAAAAUAAGUCAAGAAAGAGUAGGGUGGAAUGGGGCUUUGAGGAGUUGAAAGCUGGAAGUUGAGAUGGAGAAAGAGUGCUGGAUGGUAGUAGGCAAAGAGGGAGAGGAGGCUCUUGUGAAGUCUGUGCAAAGCCGGUCUGAGUUUGUCAGGAGGACCAGUGAUGAGAGAAGCCAACAGAAUCAGCUUUGGAAUAGUUGGGAGCAUUUGGUACUUUUUUUGAAAAAAGAGGAGGGCUGUGAUUACAUAAAGAGGCAGGUGGAAAACCAAGGCAGCCAUGAGGGAAGCACUUGGAGGUUCAUUGGAGAGGCUAUAGCUUUCCAAAUUCCUUUCAGACUACGGACUGCUAGAGAGGAUUUGUGGACUAAGGAGUGGGUGGAGCACCCGCGGCCAGGGAGCUCUGAUGUAGCUUUCACAGGGGCAGAGUCUGGGAGGUUAUGCAAAUGUGAAGCCACACAAAGCCCUCGGCGCAGGAGCUGCAGCUGCUGAGACCUUGGAGACAGGCUUAGAGGAGCCUGUUUACACUACUUUAUUUUCCAGACAGCUUCUAAGUGGAAAGAGGGAAACUGCUCUCGACAGUAAGCAAGCAGAUAACAGAUGGAUUCUCCACUGCAAUUGGCAAAUGAGAACUUGAGUGAAGAAAUAAAAAGACAAGUUCCUGGUCCAUUCACACAGUUCCAGAGAAAUUUCAUCCAGACGGUGUCGUUGCUGGGGAAGUUGCCCACCAGGGUCCUCCACUGCAAAAAGCCCCACGCGGCUGUCGCUCUACUCAGGAUUGACCAAGAAGCCAUGAAAUCCCUCACGGAGGAGGACAAAGGAGAUCUUCUGCUAAGCAAAGUGGACUUCAGGCACCAGCGGAUUGCCCAGACUGUGGAGGAGGUACAGAAAGUUAUCCACCAGCUGACCACAGAAAUCAGCCACCAAGACUCCCGAUUUCAAGUUGUGCCUUACCGUGACACAUAUAAUGGAAAUAUUAAGGUUUUGGCCCCCGGUCAUUUCCUCAUCAUGGUGCCUGUGAGGGGCCUGGCUGGGUACAGAGAAGUGCGGGAGCAGCGCUGGCGGUACUACAACCUGAAGGGCUCCCGGCUCUCCUGCCCCUUGCGGGCCCCCGAGGGCCUGCAGCAGUGGCUGCAGGUGGAGCAGUUCACAAAGAGCAUGUGGCAGUGGCACGAGGCUGACGUCAACAUCGAGGGUGACAUCGUGCCCGCCAAGGUCCUCCAGGUGUUCCAGAAGCUGGUGGAAAAAGCGAUUACUACCUGUCACCUCUCAGGUAAAGUGAGCCUGCUGAGCAGCAGCUCCGCAGUCUGGCUUGCCGUGGAAACAUCUGUCUGUCCGGUGGAAAUCGAGCUGGCCCCCACCGUGGAGAUCCCUUCCGCCUGGCCAGAGAAAGCCCAGUGGCCCCGGUGUAUGAAGCGCUGGCCUUCCCCAGAGAGAGCGGAGUGCAUCAAGUCCUUUGGCUUCAGCCUGCUGGCCCGUUCCAACUACCACUGGCAGCUGAACUUCUCGCAGGCCGAGCAGGUGCUGCUGCAGCAGCUGGACGAGGACGGGGGCUGCCGCAGACAUUGCUUCCGGGUGCUGCGACAGCUGACGGAGGACGUGUGGUGCCCUGGGGGGCAGCCGGCCAUCACCGCCCACCACCUGCAGAUGGUGCUGUUCUGGACCUGUGAGAAGUAUCCCCACCGGAAGGACUGGCAGGACUUGGAGAGCGCCCUCCGGCGCCUGGUGCGCAAGCUGCACAAGUGCGUGAGCCAGCGCUUCCUCAAGCACUACUUCGCCCCCAGGAGCAACCUGCUUCAUUCCGCCAGCUCGGGCGACCUGGACGCCCUGGCCCAAAAGCUGGCCUUCUUCCUGAAGAGCCCCCAGAUCAGCCUGCCCUGAGCGAGUCCCUGAGCGUUUCAUUCGGACUCGGCCUUGUUCCCCGGGGUGGGUCCUCUCCUCUCGGUGUCCUGCCCGGCAGAGGCACAGCGUGCCGCACAGGGGCUCCUCAGUCAGCUCCCGGAGCCCAGCAGGUGUUCCACCCUCACUACCUCCGGCCUGCUCUGUCCAGCUUCCCUAGCCACCGAUUCCUCGCGAACACCAUGGUGCUGAGGUUCGUUUCUCUGGCUCCGCGCCGGCUCUGCAAGUCUGUUGAGGAAAUGGAGGCAGAGACUCUGGAAAGCCAGUCACGUCCUUCCCUGUCUUUCCUCUUGCAAAGUAGGGGUGUUGAUAUGCGCUCCUCAGAGCCGGGUGGGAGCCUCUGCAAGAGGAGGACUGGGAGCAACAGGAAGCCUGGUGCUUGCAGCUGCUGGGCUAGAACCGCGCCCAGAUGGCAUGGUGGCCCCUGAUGAACCAGGCUUGUGCCACCUGCCUUUCCCAGGGCUCUCCUGAGCAGAAGCAGUGGUUCCGUGAUCUGUGAUUCCUGCUGUUGCUCCGUGUGGAGGGAGGGGACCGAUGCGACUCCGUGUGAGUCCACGGUGGGAGUGCAGCCCUGGCUGCUUCCGGCUCCAGCCCUCUCUGUGGGUCACAGACGGGACUUCCUUCUGCCUAUGGAGUGAGCUUCCUAUUUUGGACUUGCAUGGAUUGCCAGUGGUGCCAUUCACCUCUCAGUACAUUUCUGUGGUCGUUUGUUCCCUCAUGUGUUGAUAAAUAAAUGCUCCGUAGGCGCUGGGAAUCCAGCAGGGCGAUUUGACGAAUGGGGUGACACUUAAUGGUGAGGGUAUGAUAAACGCAGUUAUGGCAGAUGAAGCAAGUGUGCUGAAGGAGAUAAGUAGAAUGUUCAAGUAGAGUCCCGCAAGGACCCCUUGAAGAGGCAAAAUAGAAACAGCGGAAGUGGAAGGAAAGGUGACCAAGCUCAG